GUGCGUUCCCCUUCCACACGGCUCUUAUAAAAGCCUUGUUCGUAUAAAUCAGUAACGCAUUGUCGACUCAACUCUAGUACUCAAAGCCACAAUGCAGUUUACAAUUCCUGUUGUCCUACUCCUACUGGCUUUGUUAGUCAACAAGCAUGUGAAGAAACUUGUAAUCCACCUCAGUGUCUUUGAAGAAGCAUUUGCAACCUUUGAAGAGGUCAUCAGUGAGAGAAACAAUAUUCCUUUUCUUCCUUUCCAGGCACAGAGCGUACAGAUUUAUGUGGUUUAUUCUACGAAUUUUGUUUAUUGGCGAGGAAAUAAAAAAAAACUAAUUUGUAAAUUGUAAUUGUAGAGAUUGUGAACAAUGAUUCCCGGGACUUCUUCAAAACAAGGUGUGAAAUUUAUUGUAAUACUAGGAAAAUAUGCGGUGUUGUCUAGGACUAUUUAUUAUCACAUUGUUUAAAGAGAAGAAAACGAUCAAUUAUAUUUAAAAAGCAUAGUUUUAAUUUAUAUUACUUUAUUAAAGUAUUUGUUCACAUUUUAAAGAAAUAUGUACUAUCGUCCUCUUUCACUAGAUUAUUCAACACACUUAUCAGGCUGUUUCUUAACUGUUUUAUUAAACCCAUUGUAAAUUUCCAUACUUUUGGAUCGUUUCAAAAUUAAAAACAAUUCAUAGGUAAAAUUUGAGAAAAAAAGCCCUACUAAUUUUAUAUAAAAUACGUGAAUUUACGUACAUUUAUAUUCAUACUGAUGUUAUACUAUGUAUUGUCACCAACAACUGAAGGGAAUAAGUAACAAUUGAAAAUUACAUGCAAGAGGAAACUGCAUUCUUCACGGAAAAUUUAGGCAAAACCAUUGGUUUAUGUGUUUUUCAUGUGUUAAUUUAAUUGUAUAUGAAUUGAAACAAUGUUUAUUAUGUAAUUCUGCUGCUAUCAUAAUUUAAUUUUUACUUCAGUAGGCCAGAGAAGAGAAACACAAUGUGGCGUAUUAGCAAGAAGUAUGAAAUGCCAUUAUACACUGCCAACAAAUUAUUACAAUGAUUCGAAUGAACAGUGAUAUCGUUACUGAAUACAAAAUAAAUUUCAAAAUAUAAUAUAGAGGAUUUACAUUGGAAUCCCUUUUUAAACCACUGUCGAAACACGUUUGGGCUCUCAAAACACAAACUUUCUACUAACGUUCAGAAAUGCACAAACCGUCAACGUUCUGUGUGUAAUAAUAGCUUAUAGCUCUUGACUUUCAAAAUAAGAUAACACAAUUUUUUUGGCGAUAAUGGUUCAGUACAUUCAGUGAUUAUCGUAUUGUAAUUCAACACCCUUGCCCCUGUACAUAUUAGUGUAGUCAGAUAUAGAUGUAGAUAUAGAUCGUACAGAUAAUAUGUAUCACAAACGCCAAUCUUCUACGCAGUGUUGAAAGACGUUAUGAAAAAUAUUACAAACUUUUGUAAUUGGUUUGUGGAUCCUUUCUUUUCCUUUUGAAGACCGUUGCAUUUAUUACACUUUGAAAUGCACCGUAAUUAUUUCUUUCACAUUCCGCCAACACUUUCAAUUUUUAUGUUAUGCGUAUUUUUAUUUAUUUUAGUUUCAAUACUGGUGUUCAUAAAUAUUAAAGUACACUAUGAAAGAUAGGAAACUAAAACAUACAAAUAACACUCUCACAUAAAAACAGAUAACAAAAAUAACAAAAGCGAAAAUAAAAUAUGAAUAUGCUUUUGUAGCUGAACACAAAAGUAAAGAUCCGUAUUUAAACUUCUGUGGCAACGUGUUAUAUCUGUUUUAAUUCGGGAAGUCCUAAACAUAUGAAGGACUUAUCAGUUAAAAUACCAUCUAUGGCGAACGAACAUAAUGCUCUUGGUGUUGAACAAUGAAGAUAAAAAGGUUAUUCUGCCAAGCCCACUCAAUGUAGAAGAAUCAAGUUUUUAACAUAAUAUUCAGAACACGCUAGUGUUGCCAGUUUACCUUGUUCAUAAUUUAGCAUUUCACUACAUUCUCGUUGUAUAGUUGGAGCAUUAACUUGCAUUCAUUCAGAUCUUUAGGAGUCUAACCCAAAACUUCCAACUUUUAUUCGUAAAAUAAUCUUGAAUUACCAUAAACUUUAAAACACAACUUUCAGGAAUAUUUAAAAAUCUGUGCGAAAACAACUCUUGUAGGACAGGAUAAGAGCUUAAAGAGACGAGCUUCUGGUCGUUCCUUAUUCGCAGAAUAAAUUACGAACUUUUCC